AUGAAAGUGGACAAGACUUUACUGCAAGAGAAGAAAGACGGUAGAUUAAACAAAAAACCUGUUGUCGAAGAACACGUAUCGCUUAUCGAAGAACCUGAGUCUAUCUAUACUGACGUCGUAACUCCAACUACAGGGACGGCAAAGUCAAUUGGAAAAGCCAAAUUGGACUUUUUUGCUAAAUACAAUUUGGAACUAGAUGAUUUGGUAACUGUUGGUUAUGAAGGUACUGUUGUUAACACCGGUAAUAAAUAUGGUGCUAUUAGUAUGUCAAUGAAGCUAGUGGAAUUUGAUACGACUUAUAUUCCACCUGACCCCGAUGAGCUCACUGACGAAGAAAACUUUGACGCCAAUCUGGCUAUAAAUCAAGGUAAUCACACAAAUUACAUUGCUGGUACCCUUGAGCUUCAAGUAAAGGGAGCUGCUGCUGAGAAAAAAGAAUGGGAUGAUAAAUCCUUGGACGGAAAUUAA